UGUGUGAAUCCCCUUCUUCCACAAAAGCGAAACAAUCCACAGACAAUCUCGUCUUCUCCUCUAUUAGGGUUUCCAUUUCUCCACCGUCUCUCGCAGACCAACUUCUUUCGAUUGGGCAGGGGUUUCAAUGCCUGCGAGUUCAUCUGGGGAAUCUGUCACCGAAAUCCCUAGACACUCCUCCCAAUUUUGCUUCCGAUUCUUGCUCUACUUCGAGUGUUAGAAUCACUUCUUUUUCUUCUUCUUUCCAGUUUAAAAUUUUACCGUCUUCUUGAUGGCUCCGAGCCGCAGAAAAGGCGGUGGUAAGGCUGCCGCCGUAGCUGCCGCCUGCCGACAGUGGAAGGUGGGUGACCUUGUGCUUGCCAAAGUCAAAGGUUUUCCUGCUUGGCCUGCAGCGGUUAGUGAGCCCGAAAAGUGGGGAUAUUCAACUGAUUGGAAAAAAGUGUUGGUUCAUUUUUUUGGAACACAACAGAUAGCUUUCUGCAAUCCUGCCGAUGUUGAAGCUUUUACAGAGGAGAAGAAGCAAUCACUUUUGACAAAACGCCAUGCAAAAGGGUCAGAUUUUGUUCGUGCUGUAAAGGAGAUUACAGAAAGUUAUGAGAAGCUUAAGCAGCUAGAGCAAGCUGGUGACCCCAAAUCUGCUGAAGAAGCCACUCUUGGGAGUACUGAGAAUACUACCCUGCUGCCUCAGGUCAGUGAAACUCCAACUGGAACAAGUCUAACACAAAUUAAGUCUGAUCCUAGUCAUGUUAGAGACGAAUCUACUCUGUUAAAUGAGGAUGCUUCAGCUGCUGAACAAAUGCUAGCCCUGCGUGAUGACAGUGCACUACAUAACAAACCCUGUGAUAGUGUGGUUCCAAAAGAACCACGUAAGAUAGCAACAUAUUCUUCAAGGAGAAGAAAUGGAGGGGCACGAUCUCAAAAUUGUGCUCCACAAAAAAAAACUUGUUUGGUUCAGCACUCAAAAAGUACAUCUAGGUUGCGGACAGAGAAGUUUCAAAGCUCCAUGGUGCAAUACAGCGAUGGUGGACAGAGUAUCAAUGACGUGGAAGAUAGAACAUUAAGAAGGAGAAGAAGGAUCAGAAGAUCAUCUGGUCAUUCUGAAUCAGAUGAUGUGGCUUCAUCAGCUUUAAACUCAAAUGGAAGUGACGAAGAAAAUGCCUCUGAAAUUGCGACUGUUGAAUCUGAUAAUAAUACUAGGAAUGAAGGCAAUGGUGUAGAUUCUGGUUCCAAAGUCGAGCAAAAUGAUAUUGGUGGACAGUUUCUAGAAGGAGAUUAUGAGCUCAACAAGGGGCUUAAUUUCCAAAUUAAUACCAUGGUUAAGAGAAAGAAGAGAAAGCCGACGAGGAAACGUGGUACUAGUGAUGUUGAUCAUAUGUCUAAAGUUGAGGCAGAAGCAGGUCUUGAGUCUGGACCACGUGAUAAUGGUCAAACAUCACAAAAUUCUCUUGAAAGGUUUACAGAGAGGCCUUGUGAAGAGAAUGGGGAUGAGCACUUACCUCUGGUGAAGCGAGCCAGAGUUAGGAUGAGUAGAGCAUUUUUAGGUAAUCAUGAGGCCAAUGGCUCUUCGCAAGUUGAAGAAAGAUCAUCCAAGGACACUCUGGCCAGUGGAAUAGCACAGACAAGCCCUUCUGAUAUAAUUUCUAGUCAUGAUACUUUUGCAGUCGAAGAAUCUAGAUUUUUUGCUCAGCUAUCAGGUGACAAGGUUAAUUUGGUACCAUCUCCUGUUGAAAAACCUUAUGAUAGAAUGUCUCCAUCUGAGGCUUGCGUUCAGACUGUGGGAGAGAGUGGACAUGCUAUGGGGUGGAAUGAGCUUUGCAAGGAACCAGAUGAUGAAGCAGCUGGACCCCAAUCUAACCAAGUGAGCUGUUUGCCAGCUGAUGAAGCUCAGACAGCUAGUGUUCCUGAAUCUCUAUGCUCUGGAGAUUCACAACUCAUGAAGCUGCCAACUAGUGAGUCUGAUCUUCCGGUCAUACAGUGCUGUCAAGUUAGGAAAAUGGAAAUCUCCUUGGAUCCCAAUACUGUGGAUUCAUCUGCAAACAAUGCCUCUGGGAUAUGUUCAUCCGGUAUACCUUCUCAAUUAUCUGGCCAGGAAUUUCAUUCUGAAUCUGAAGGUGUAGAGCAUUCCCCAUCGCCUUGUUUAAUGAUGAUUGAGCAGGAGACUGAGAAGAUGCAAACGACUGACAACAUGCUGCUGAAAGAAGAGCAUGGAUGUCUGGGUGAAGAAUAUGCCAUUACCAAACCAGCUGAAACUACACCAAAUCCACCCAUCUCCGCAACUGAAAAUGAUGUGAGAGUUGAUGAAAAUGUACCUCUGGAUAAAACAGGGUAUAAAAAAUGUGAGGACGCUGUUGAGGAAAGUCGGCACAAAAUUAUUGGUGACACUGAUGAACUAAAGCAGCAGGUCCAAACCAACAAUUCUGUCUCAGUAUCGGAGAACCUUUCACAUGAACAGAUGAGUUUAUCUCCUCCUAAUAUCGCAGACACUCCUGCAAUGGGCACUCCACAUAGCAACUCAGUUUAUUACCACAUUUCUACCGCAGAAAGUGCUAAUGAUAUACAGAUCAACAGUAGUUGCAGCCCAAAUGUUCAAUCUGGUGAGAAGAUAAUUGUUUCUGAUGCCAUUGUCAAAGAAGAAGAGAAAAUUGAAACAGGUGUAUGUCAGGGACAGAAAGUUGUGAGUUGUGAUGUGCAAUCCACUCGUGAAUCUUUUGAGGAUGCACUUAAUUCAUUGGUAAGGACAAAGGAGAGCAUUGGCCGAGCAACUCGUUUGGCUAUGGAGUUGAUGAGAUUUGGUGUGUCUGCAAAGGCUAUGGAGAUUUUGGCUCAUACUUUGGAAAGUGAGUCAAAUUUAAAGAGGAGGGUGGACUUAUUUUUCCUUGUGGAUUCUAUCGCUCAAUGCUCCAAAGGUCUGAAAGGUGAUACUGGUUGUGUUUAUCUUUCUGCCAUUCAAGUAAUUUUACCUCGCCUAUUGGCGGCUGCUGUACCUGCUGGAGCUACCACACAAGAAAAUCGAAAACAGUGCUUAAAGGUUUUGAAGGUUUGGCUUGAAAGACGGAUCCUGCCUGAAUCUAUUGUUCGUCACCAUAUAAGAGAACUUGAUUCACAUACUAUAGUUCCUGCUUGCCUCUAUUCUCGGCGCUCAGCUCGAACAGAAAGGUCGUUGGAUGAUCCUGUGAGAGAUAUGGAGGAUAUGCUGGUGGAUGAAUAUGGAAGUAAUUCAACUCUCCAGCUCCCUGGAUUUUGCAUGCCCGCAUUGCUUAAAGAUGAGGAGGGAGGGAGCGACUCUGAGAGAGGGAGUGACUCGGAUGGAGGGGAUUUUGAGUCUGUCACCCCUGAACAUGAGUCCAGAAUCCUUGAACAAAAUGUCUCGUCCUCCACAGCUGAAAGGCAUACGCUUAUAUUGGAGGAUGUUGAUGGUGAGCUUGAAAUGGAAGAUGUGGCUCCGCCUUGGGAAACUGGAAACGAUUCACACACUGUUCAAGCUGAUAAUAUAAAGGCUACCAGUUUUCUGCUUGGAAAACAGCAUCAGCCUGUUAUUGGCACUUCACAUCACCAUGUGUCCUUUUCAUCUCCUCCACUGCCACCUUCUUCGCCACCACCUGCACCUCCACCACCAGCUCCCCCUUUACAGCAGGCUCAGUGUGCCAUGUCUGAUUCCUACUUAAAUGGCUUUGAAAAUGGAGGAUACCGCAACAUGCAUGGAGAUCAUCGGGCUGGGCCUCCUAUGAUGAACCCACAACUGUCUGGAAGCACGAUGCAUUAUCAAGGCCCGGAUUUAUCUUAUAAUUCCGGUGUAGACCUUACAAAUAGCAUUCAACACCCGGAUGGUUCUAAUUUCCAGCAUGGGCCUUAUCCAUCACAUCCACAUCCUCCUCCCGCUCCACCUCCACCACAGCAUCAAUACUCAUUUUCAGAGCCCGGCCACCAUAUGAAGUCGCGUAGGGACGCUCCAUCGUACUCCCACAGAUCUCAUUAUGUGCCAAAUUAUGAUGAAAGAAAUUUUCAUGAUAACCCGGAGAGAAUGAGGCAUGUGCCAUAUGAAAAUCGAGAUAAUUGGAGAUAUCCACCAUCUUCUUCGUAUGGUUCGAGAUAUCAAGACAAACACAAAGCACCUUAUCCAUCCAAUUCAUACGACGCUGGCCCUGCACGUGAGUCUGGAAGGCUCCAGAAUCAGCGGUGGAAUAAUCCUCCUCGCCCAUAUAAUGACAGACACUCCUUUCACCCCAAGCCGCAUUCCGAAGGUCAUGUUCCAGUUGGAAUGAGAGUGUAUGUGACUAUCUUCUAAUGAGCCAUGGGAGGUUUUUAGUGGAAUCAUGUAUUGGCCGCUUCUAACAUUUGAGAUCCGGGCAUGUGGCAUCAGAGAAGUGACUAGAAAGACGUGAAAGACGAAACUGGUAAAGGCUAAAGAGGACGGUGGUGUGAAGCAAAAAGCGAAAACACCGAGGUGAUGUGGCCCUAAUUUAAAAAGAGAAUGGCUAUGUUGUUGUUAAGGUGAAAUAGUGAUAUGAUAAAGAAGUGACAGUGUACAUAUGAUAUGGUGUUUCUUUUGGAAUCAGAAUCUCAUGCAAAGCAGAGAGAGUGCGAUGGUAAAAAAAAUAUUUGUAGAGAUUGAGAGGAGUUUAGUAUUUAUCUGCUCUCCUUUGUUUCCUUAUUGUUUUUACUUUUAUUUAUUUGUGUCUAAGAUUAUUUUCUUAUGUGGGUUUUUUUUUUGACCUCGGAGAGUGUAUGGUGUAUAUUUGAUCUCUUAGAAUAAUAUUCCAGCUGAAUAGUUGCUACA